AUGAUGACUAUGGAUACCGACCAAGCUGUUCAAUAUUUGGACAGGUUAAUUGGUCGGCAGCUACGGGUCCACACGACUGACAGCCGCAUGUUUGUUGGCAUCUUUAAAUGUACUGAUGCGGAGCGAAACAUCAUCCUUGCCAACUCCCUUGAAUAUCGUCUUCCUACUCCUUCCGCUAUCCAAGCAGCCGCCGACUCAUGGGAAAAGAAUUCCGGCGCACCGAGCGCCACGAUCAAAGUCAACAUGACACACCGGCUUAUUGGACUCAUCGUGGUGCCAGGUCGUCACAUUACGAAGAUAGAGCUGGAAUAG